GUAGUAUGCGCUGAUUUAUCGAACGGAUUGGACGACGGCUGAGAAAAGGCAAUAGAAAAUUCGCCGAAAGCAUAGAAACAUAUGUACGUGUUUGUGUGUUUGUGUGUUAUACAAUUGAAGAGCAUAAAUGGGUGAAGUUCACAGUGGUCAUAAGCAAAAACAUGCAGAAUUAAUUAAAAAUGCUGUAAAUAGUGUAACAACAACAACCACCUGGAAGAAGCAUAGCCGAAAUUAGUUCAAAGUCAAUUUGUGGUUUGUUUCGAACGAUAAUUGAAAAACAAAAAAAUAAAAUUACAAAAAAACAAACUUCAAAAUCAAACACAAAAAGAGAGCGAAAACUCACUCAAAAAGUAAAAGUUCUCAAACAACAAACCAAAAUACAGCACAACGACCACCAACGAAAAUGAGUCAAUCGUGUCUGCCAGUCAAUGCCAAAAUGUCGAAGGCGAAGAAAGUGUUGGAUGAAGCGCGUGAAACGCAGAAUCGUGAGCUCGAUUUGGUCGACAAGGGCAUUAGCUCCUUCGAGGAGCUACCGGGAUUGUUCAACAUGUCCUACAUUACGCGUCUCACACUAAGCCACAACAAGAUCACCAUGAUAAGUCCGGGUAUUGCCAACCUCCUCAACUUGGAGAUAUUGAAUUUAUCUAAUAACGGUUUACGCGAGCUACCCGUAUCGCUAUCGUCAAUGCCGAAAUUGCGCAUACUAAAUGUUUCGCUGAAUCGUCUCGACAGCCUGCCACGCGGUUUUGGCGCUUUCCCCGUGCUAGAGGUAUUGGACCUCUCUUACAACAAUCUCAAUGAAAAUGUGUUGCCGGGUAAUUUCUUUAUGAUCGAAACACUUCGUGCACUCUACUUGGGUGACAACGAUUUCGAGCACAUUCCCAGGGAGUUGGGCAAUUUGAAGAACCUGCAAAUACUCGGCUUACGCGACAAUGAUCUGCUCGAUUUGCCGCGUGAAAUUGGCGAACUGACGCGUCUGCGCGAAUUGCAUAUUCAAAAUAACCGUCUGCAGGUGCUGCCACCCGAAGUGGGUAAUCUCGAUUUAUUGGGCAGCAAGUCGGUCAUGAAGAUGGAGGAGAAUCCGUGGGUGGUGCCCAUACAGGAGCAAUAUCUGCUCGGCAUUAGUCACGUCAUCGAAUACAUAAAAACGGAAACAUACAAAAUUCUCUACAAUCGGCACAUAAAGAGCGAUCGUGGCCCACCACCACCAAAGGCCGAUAAGAGCAAGAAGGCGUCACGUGUACGCGCCUAAGCUGACUCAGUCGAGUUAUCGCUGCAAAAAUUUCGAAUUUGCCAGACCGUUGUGCCUUUAUGUGGAAAACAGAAUGUUUAAAACUAAUGUUUUUCAAAUGUAUUAACCAUAAAUGUUUUAUUAUAUUAUAUUUUCUGCGUAUACCAAUGUGCAUUCGCAUAUAUGUAUACUGACAUAAUUUUGUACUAAUAAUCUUAAGUAAAUGUUAAAUUAUUUCAAAACCGUUAA